GCUCGCAGGGUCAACAUGGUGGAAAAUGUACAAAACCAAGAGAGAGGCUAUAAACAAGUAGGGCAAGGAACAUACAAAGAUGGAGUCAAAUGACGAAGCAUCAAAGGCGGCUGAAUCAAAACCAGAGCAAGUACCAGAGCAAGUACCAGAACCGGAACCGGAACCAGCACCAGCUCCAGUUCAAGCACCGAAACCAGAACCUGUGGUGGCACCUGUGUCGCCACCUGUGUCGGAUCCUGUGCCCAAGCCUGUGCAAGAACCCAAGCCAAAACCUGCACCAGAACCGAAGCCAAAGCCUGUGCCAGAAUCCAAGCCGAAGUCGGUGCCAGAAUCCAAGCCGAAGUCGGUGCCAGAACCUAAACCCAAAUCUGUACCAGAUUUUAAGCCAAAGUCUGUGCCAGAAUCAAAGUUUAAGCCGGUAUCAGAUCCAAAGCCGAAGUCUGUUGCUGAUCCCAAACCUAAGCCUCCUGUGAAGGCUGUGGCAGAUCCUGUGCCACAGACCGUGCCACAGGCAGAGAAAGAGGAGCCCCCAGUCAAUCCGGAGGUGAUUCGGUCCUGGGAGUCUGAUGCCAACAAGGGCUCUGAGGAACAUCAGCUGAAGCUAGGGAAACACUUCCUGUCUCUGGCCGACUCCGACAUAGAGAGGGACCGCAAUGCAGGCCUGGCUCUUGACUGGCUGAUUCGAGCCUCCAAACAGGGUAGUGAGGAGGCAACAGAGUUGCUGCAGAGCUGCGUCAACAGGGAUCUACCUGGCGUCAACGAAAGGGAUGCCAGUGACCUCACCUGGUGCCUCAAGACGUCAUCAUAUGAGAAGAAGAUCCGGCAUGCGGCUCGCAGCUUGUUCCAGAAGAUCAACACAACACACAAGGAAGCUAUCUCGAAGGAUGAGUACAUGGAGGCCAUUAAAGGGGUCACAGGGAAGGUGACGGAACAGCGACUGCUGAUGGCUGCAGGUAGGAAAAUCGGCAAAGAAAUAUCUGAGAAUGAAUUUGUGAAGAUGCUUUCGAAGAAAAUUCAGGGGACUGUGACCUUGACCACAGAGGAGCUAGCUGAUACCAACGUGUCAUACGAAUCGGCCGGAUAUUUAACGAAGGUGUACCGCUACCCGCGACAGACCUUUGGUACCGUGUUGGACCAGGCCCUGGAAUACUCCUCCCAGGAGGGACUCAACUGGGUUGUGUCACUCAUCCCCACCAAUCAGCUGUACGUCCUCGGCCUGCUCUUCGUCUACAGCUUCAUCACUCCCGACUUCAUGUUCUUCUUCAUCCCUCUCUUCAUCUUCUACCUCUCCUUUGCUGCCAUUAUCGUUUGCACUUUGCAGAUGUUCUACAAGAGGAAGAAGCAGAACGAUGCUGCAACUCUCGCUGGUGUUCUCAAAGACCUGGACGUGACCAUCGAUCUGGACAAAACAGAAUCACAAUUCACCUGGAACACCCUCACUCCUUACAUUGUCUUCUUUUGCAAUUUGCCCCUCGUUAUUGCGAGCUUCUCGCUUUGCAAUAAAUCCUAUGUGCCUUGUGCUGAGAUUUCAGUCAUUUCUCUUGUCAUGACUGGAUUAUGUUUCUUCAGCCUUAGCGACCACCAUGACAAGCUGACCUUCUUUGCGCUGUUCGCCAACCUGCUAUCCUCACUUCCCAUCUUCCUAAACAACUUCCCGUCGGUACCGCUACUUAAAGAGAUCAUCGGCUUCCUCACGGAUCCAUUCAUCUCUCUGGACACUGGCGUGGGUAUUUCUUUCAAUGUCAGUAUUCCCUCAAUAGCAUAUGCAAUAAUUCCCUUGUUCUUUGUCCGAAUGGCCACCCGGAAGUCAUGGCAAGGCACGUACCGAGUCCUCAUCCCCCAUCUUGUCUGCUAUUUCUGGUUCAACAUCCUCACCUCCACUUUCCCUUUCACAUCCUGGGUGGGUCUGGCUCGGGCCACCAUUGGAUACAUGCUUCUUCCCGUGCUGGUCCCGCUCAGCCUGGUUGGCGUAGCUGCGAUGUCCGCCUUUGCUGUCUACAAAGCCUUCCAGACAGAGAUGCUCGGAAAGAUCAUUGUGACUGUUGUCCUUCUUGCAGUACCGAUUCUCAUGACCCAAACCAAGAAAAUUUUCGGGAAAAACUUCGACGCCAAGUUUGGAAUUGCCAAAAAGGUUGUCAUGAUUGUUUUCGCCAUUCUUGCUUUGUUGCCACUGAUUUUCGUCAAAAUUCCUGCAUGGAAGAAAGAGGUUCCUGUCGAACUGUCAUACGAUAAUUACACUUCGUUAUGUUUCCGAGAAAAAGUUGUAAACGAUGUCCCGCAGCAAAUAACAUGCAGCCAUCUCACUGGCACAAAAAUUAGAUGGACCGGAACCGUUGAAGGAGUGACUGUUGUAAAAAUUGAGAAUACAGCUGAAAGCGUUAUUCGAAGUCUUCCCUCUCUCGUAGCCAAGCCAUUAUAUUGCAUGUAUGGCCAGCCGUUCCCACAGUGUGACCGGAAGCUUCUUAGUAAAAAGGGUUACAAUUUCUGCAUUAUUAUGCGUGGGCUUGGACAUACGUGCCAUGUUAAGAACCACAAUGUGUAUACUUUCGAAAUACUCAUGCUUACUGGAAGUCAGAAUAUCAAAAUAGAAGCUGGCGAUAACUUCAAGGAAACUGUACUUGCGCUGGAGAUCGGAGACGUGGUGGAAUAUAGAGGGGUUCUUGGGGAUAACCUUGGUGGAACUAUCCCCAAAUUAAAACUGUCUUCUUUGAAAGCAACCAAUCGCACGCUGCCGAUCAUGACUGUUGACGAGGAUGACGACAAGUACAUGUCAGCUGUUCAGGAAGCAAUAGCCGUCACAUUCAACUUCCUCUGGUUUCCGCUGCUGGAGUUUUCUGUCAAGUAACCAUGGCAACAUGAUAUUUAAUGGAUGGAUUGGAUAUGAACAUUUUCUUUAUGAGCUUCGAAGUGAUUGUUUCAUUUUGAUAAAUACUUCUUUAUGGACAGAUAAUCUUGUAUGCUAGGGCUGUCUACAGAAUUUGUUUGAAUUGUUCAUGUAAUGUCGUGCAUGCAUAAAUUUUAUGGUGCUUAUGUGUAUGUUUGCAUAUAUAAUUAGGGAGCGGAAAAAAAUUCUAUUUGCUGUCUUGGGUGAUUUGACAAUGUUUUUGGUGUGGAUGAUAUCAAAGUAACCAUAAAAAAGUAUUACAAAAAUAUUGAUCUAUGGGUAAGGAUUUUUAUCAUUUCCACAAGCAUUGCAGAUUAUAAAAAGUAUAAAAUUUGCAUUGAAAUUCAUCAAGGAUAUAGUUUUUACUUACAAUGUUCAAAAUCCCUGUACCUUUGCUUUUGAGAAGAUGUGUAUUUGUGCAAAAUAUGCAAAAGAUAUCACCAUUAUGCUGUUAAAUUGUGGAUGCUUGCAAAAUUAUGCUUUUGAAAAAUGUCAAAACAGCAACACAAUGCAUAAUGACCCAACAAUGGAUUUUCUGUAAGCCCUUACAGAUUUUGAUUCACUGAUCAAAUGUAGGCAUUGUCUAUCAAUGAACUGACUGAAGUGAUGCGCAAAAGUGUGUCAUCGUGUCUAUUGUAGUUCUAACAUGUAUAUCACUGUUUAUGAGACAUUUAGGUCCUGCACAAUGGCAUAUACAAUUUAUUUGUUGCUGAAAAAGAAUUUCCAGAAACGUUUUAAACUAGUUUACUUGUUGGUUUGAAGAUACACUAUAGUUGGACCUAUUGCUGUAAAAAUAUAUGAUCAACAACCUGUUGACUCACACGGCGAGUGGGUUAGACAGUCUGAAUGUCAGGAUUCUGAUGUACUACUUUAGAUAACAUGUCAUGAAUUUGAGCCCUUGUAAUGAUAGACAACUUGGUCUGGAAAUUAGAAUUUUUAAUUUUUAUACAAAAAUAUAACUGAAACUUUCAAAUCAAGGAAUGUUUAUGAAAAAUUCGGGAAAGAAAAUUGUACAUCCUCACCAAUCAGGUGUUUCCCAUGCAGGUGCUUCCAGUGUGUUUCUUGAAUCAAGGCCUGAGCCCUGUUCCUCAAAGCGAUCGUAGCGCUACGACUGUCGUAAGUCUAUUAAAGAGUCAUCAGCAAGUUCGGUUAUAUUUUCAUAUCCUUCUCAAAAUGUACAAAAUAAGCAAUAUUUUUUAUGUAAAAAUACAAAAUUAGUUGCUAGCAUAAUAUUUGAAGAGACGUUAUCAGUUAUUAUUUUUUGUGUUGUGUGACUAUUCCAAACAUUCUGAGAACGAUCUAAAAGCUCAAACCUAUUCUCACCGGACACAUUGGUGUUCAACAGCAAUCAAAAAUCGGUGAUUAUAUUAUAAAAUUUUGUUUUACUUUUGUUCUUGUUCAGUGUUAAACUUUUGUACACUUUGUCAGGUGGAUGGCAAAAAAAAUUUCAGUAACUGAAAUGCAAUCAAAUAUUUCACUUGUUCUUUGUUAUGGAAUUUUAACACUAUUUCCUUGCAUGCUGUUAAUUCCGUGAUUCUUUAGUGUAUAUUUUGAUCUGAUUUGUAAUCAUUUGCUUUAAAAAAUCUUAAUAUAUUGUCAAAGACACAGAGCAAUACUUCCUGUAUAGCUGUUGAACUUGUUUUUAUAUUAUAGUUUCAAUACAGGGAACACAUGUUACUGAAUAUCAAAGAUCGACAGUACUGAUCAAAUAUAUAUAUGUGCAGUUGGCUUGUAUAUCUGAUCUCUUGUUCCAUGGCUGACAUUAGUUACCUAUCACUAAAUUCUGUGUGCCCCCUGUGAUACUUUUGUUCUAUUACAUAUCCUUGUACUCAAUAUAUCAGUUUUAUAGUUUAUUAUUUAAUAUUUCAGAUUAUCAAUUAUUUAUAUAUUGGGAUUGUGUCUUUUUUACAUCUAUGGUUUAAAAUAUAUGCUCUGAUGCUCAGGUGGAACUACCUGCAGAUUGCAGGGUUGUGUUAACUUCCAUGUUAUUCUGAUUAGAACAAUGUCUUGUUGCAUUUGGAUCUUGGUCAGAACAAGACACAGUACAAUGAAACGCACAUGAAAAAUGUUUUCAAAUGAAAGUUUUUGAAAUAACAGAUCAAACAGAAUUCAGGAGCGUAGCUUCCUUUAUAUAAAAAAAAAAGCCCAGGGUUACACGUGAUUUUGAAAAUGAAAGUUGGGCAAGACCUCGAUGCUAUGUAAAUAUAAGCUCUGCAAUAUGAACUGAUAAGUUAAGGAAGUUUUUGAGUGAGUUAGAUCUUAAUCACAAGACUGAUCAGGAUACUAUGGGUUUAAAUACACCCUGUAUAUCGAAGAGGUAGUUAUAGUGCUUGCCAAUGUAUAUUACUUUAUAACAAUUGACUGUGUGAAAUGGUUGCCCUAUUACCUAACACAUGCCUUGUUUGUUGACUCCCUUGAAGCAAAUGUGUUUAGUUUCUUGCCAUGAGAUUAUUACAGAAUUAGCAUUACGUUAUGAAAACAGGGUUUAUGAGUGUGGAUGAUACAUGGUGUAAUGUUUGAACUUUGUUGCCUGUGCUGCUUAAACAAAUGUAUAAAUUGCUUAUAAUUUUUAUAGAGAGUGAGCAAUACUUAACAUCACGUCAGCAUUAUUUCAAAGUCAGAGGGUACAAAUUACGGAGUAUCAACAUUUCAAACAAGCCUCUUAAGAGUAUAAGGAUCAACUUAGAUAAUUUCAGCUACCUUCAAACUUUUGGAUUGAGUACAAACAUUUUAAUGUUUUUCUCUAAAUGUAGCACAUCAGUCCUGACGAUCCUCAGAAACAAAUUCUGUCUGGUGUAAAGGGAAAAUAGCAGUGGAAAUUAUAUGAGUGGAAAGUCUGUGAUGACACCAGGUGUUUGUGAAAAAAAGUUUAAAAAAUUGAUUCUGUAGUUAUACAAGUUAAACACAGUACAUUAUUACCUAGUUCUUUCAUUUGACUGUUGUUACUCUGUCAUAGAGAGAUGUAAAAUCAAAAUAUAUUCUUUUGUUGAAUGUAACAUAUAAGUUGAUCAUGUGUAUAUUCGUCUGUUUCACGA